AUGCUAUCAGCAAAUCUACUCUUCCUACUGCUCCCGGCGUGUGACUUCGCAACACCAUGUGCUGGUGACGGGGAAGGUUACUAUUUAGCGUCAAACGGCUCGUGUGUUCGGCACACAGACCCGUCCGAUUUGCCACCCAACGAGAAGGAAGAUGCAGCGGUAACCGAGAAGCCGACUCCUCCGACCUCUGCGGCUCGUGCACGCCGUGCUGCCCCUGCAGCUCCUCCUGUUGUCCAUCAAACACGGAAAAAAAGAAAGCGCAGUGUACCGUAUUGCAAAAACAGACCGAAUCGGAAAUGCCGUAGAAGACGCCUGCGCAAAAAAAGACAACUAAAGAGACAAGGAUUAUUCAAACCACUUCCUCCGCUAAAACGCAAAAAGUAA